AUGUGGCCCAAUAUUAGUGCUGGCCCCUUGCUGACUGGCUCCCCAGGUCUGGAAGCUGCUCAUCACUGGAUCUCCAUCCCCUUCUUUGCUGUCUACAUCUCUGUGCUUCUUGGCAAUGACACCCUCUUCUGCCUCAUCAAGGAUGACCACAGCCUCUAUGAACCCAUGUAUUAUUUCCUUGCCAUGCUGGCAGGCACAGAUCUGAUGGUGACAUUGACCACAAUGCCAACUGUGAUGGGUGUCUUGUGGAUGAAUCACCAGAAGAGGAGCCACAGAGCCUGCUUCCUGCAGGCCUACUUCAUUCACUCCCCUUCCAUCAUGGAAUCAGGUAUCUUACUUGCCAUGGCCUAUGACCACAAUCCUUUGAAAUACACUUCCAUUCUCACCAAUACUUGUGUUGUAACUUUAGGGAUGGGAGCUUUUAUGAGGGGUUUCAUAUCCAUCAUCCCUGUAAUCCUGCAGCUUUUUCUCUUUCCAUAUUGCCACUCUCAUGUUCUCUCCCAUGCUUUCUGUCUUCAUCAAGAAGUCAUGAAACUGGCCUGUGCUGACAUAACUUCCAAUAGACUUUACUCUGUAAUUUUGGUUCUUUUAACAAUCUUCCUAGAUUCUCUGAUCACCCUUUUUUCCUAUAUCCUAAUUCUUAAGACUGUCAUGGGCAUAGCCUCUGGUUAAGAGAGAACCAAGGCCCUCAAUACUUGUAUCUCCCACAUUGGCUGUGUUCUCAUCUUCUAUGUCACUGUGGUUGGUCCGUCAUUCAUCCACAGGUUUGGGAAGAAUGUGCCACCAGUGGUCCACGUAAUAAUAAGCUAUUUCUACUUCCUCUUCCCUCCUUUAACGAAUCCUGUCAUCUAUAGCAUCAAGACCAAGCAAAUUUAA